GUGACGUAUGUUGGUGACGCCAUGACGCUACGCAAACGCAGACAGCGUUGCCGGGACGACGAUCAAGGCGUCUCACCGCGGCGGAAAGAGCAACGACUUUUCUUCCAGGUAGAAGCCAUCCAUCUGGUCUUCCCGAUGGAGCCCAAAGCGAUGAUGAUGGAGGGGAGCGUUCAGCCCCUCCGAGUCCCCCCUCAGAUGUCCAUCUAUGCCGACCAGCACAAUAUUAUCCACCUGGUGCAGACCAUGGUAUCUAGCCUGGCUGUGGACCAGCCCGAAGACCCCAUCGCAUACCUUCUGCUUCUGCUGCAGGACAGCAGCGUGCACGUUCCCAGGGUGGUCCUGCUGGGUCCCCCCGCCGUGGGCAAAACCACUCUGGCCGGACGACUGUGCGCCGACCUGGGAGCUGUGCACGUCACCAUGGAGACACUCCUGGACGACCCAUCGCCUGCGGGCCAAGAGGCGCGCCGCCACGCGCUCAAGCAAGAGGAGGUGCCUGGCGAUCUUCUGGUGAGCUUGAUUCAAGCCAGACUCAAAGAGUCUGACUGCUUCAACACGGGCUGGGUGCUGGACGGGCUCCCGCAAACUCGGCUGCAGGCUCGCAGUCUCCAGCAGGGCGGCGUCAUUCCCAAACACGUGGGUAGGUUUCUUCUGUGCGGCACCCGCACGCCUGUUUGGGCAGCUGUUUGCGUGUCUGGAAGUGACGUGAGGCGACGUGUUGCGGCAGUUCUGCUGGUGGCCGGUGAAGACGUUCUCCUGGAGCGCCACCGCGGCAGGCUGCUGGACCCGCUGACCAGAGACGUGUACCACGAGACCUUCGCGCGACCCCGCGAGGAGGCGGCGCGGCGCGCCGAGAAGAGCGCCGACGCCCACGUCGGGGCUCUGAGAGCCCACCUGCAGCGCUAUCGUUGCAAGGUCACCGGCUUGAGCUCCGCCUACCGACACAUCCUCACCACAGUGGACGCCGACCAGCCGCCGCUCGACGUUUACCAACAAGCGCUGGCCUUCUUGCGGACUCGGCGCUGUUCCCGAACUCCCAGGGUUCUCCUGUUGGGGCCGCCGGGCUCAGGGAAGAGACUUCAAGCCAAGAUGCUGGCAGAGAAAUACAAGAUGGUCGACGUCUGUUGCAGUGACCUCCUUCGUUGGGCCGAAGCCGACCCGUCUUCAGUGGGAGAAGAAGUUCGAACGUACGUGCAGCACAACCGGACAGUUCCAAAAAGUGUCACUUUGAAAGUCUUUCAAGAGCGACUGGACCGUGCAGACUGCAGCCAGCGCGGUUGGAUCCUUCACCACCUGCCGUGCGACCUGCAGCACGCCAAACACUUAACGGAGUCCCUCAACGCCCCCAACAGAGUUUUCUUCCUGGAGUUGACUGACGACGUUUGUUUACAAAGAACCACAAUCACCCCGGUUCAUCCCAGCGUCCACGCGGCACCCGGCGACGUCAGCCAAUGUCUUGACAACACACGUAGUGUCACGCAAGCGCUCGGUGUGUACAGGACACACACCGCAGGCCUGCAGUGUGUGUUUCCAGAUGGCGUGCACGUGGAUGCAGAUCAGGAUCCCCAGUGUGUGUUUGAGGCUUUAGACAAACAACUCAUCAUACAAACACACGCAUAUUGACACACACACACACUUACACACGCAAAGUGCAGUUCAACGUUUGUCUGUCUCUGUCUAUGAAUCUGGAGCUGUCCAAUCAAUGUCAAUAAAAUCAGUGCCGUGUCAAGACUC